AUGAGUUUCGCCAGUUUUGAUACCGAUAAAUUAAUUGUCGAAAUUGAACGUCACCCUUCAUUAUGGGAUACAUCACACUCAGAUUAUGCAAAUAAGAUAAUCAAACAAGAAAGCUGGAACGAUGUUUGUCGAAUUUUUAAGGAAGGGUUUGAUUCUAUGGAUGCAAGGGAGAAGGAAAACUAUGUGCAAAAUCUACAACGAAAAUGGAAAAGCCUUAGAAAUUCAUAUGCCCGUGAACAGUCUAAAAGAAAGACAAUGAAAUCUGGAUCAGGCAGUAAAUCGUGGAAAACGUAUGUUUAUUACAAUCAGUUAUCUUUUCUUUCAACGUGUGUUGGAAAUCAACAAACUAUAACAAAUUUCAAUGACAAUGAUGCUGAACAGUAUGCUGAUGCUGAACCCACCACAGAUAAUGAAGAUAAUGAUAACAUGAAUGAUUCUGGUAGAGAACACGCAGAUGAAGAUAGAAUCACACAAUCAAGGCCAUCCAAAAAGAUAAAAACACAAAAUAAGGAUUCAGAAAGUCAAUUGCUUUUAUCUAUACAAAAAAGCUUAGAAAAUCGAAAUGAAAUGACAAAAUCAAUGGAUGAUCCUGACCGACUUUUUCUGUUAUCCCUUAUCAAUGAUCUUAAACAAGUACCAGAGGAAAAUAAAAUGGAAGUGAAACUUAGCAUAAUGCAAACGAUUUCUAAUGCAAAAAAAUCUCGACAACAGAAUACCCAUUUUUCAGAUGGUUCUUAUUUUGAUACUCAAUAUCAACUAAAUUCGACACUACAUCAAUAUCCUACUUUAUACCAAAGACCACAGGCUUAUCCAAACUUUCAAAGUUUGUAUCCCAACGUUCAUCCAUUACAAAACAAUCAACAUCAACGUUUUCGCACUCCAACACCAUCAUCAUCUCAAAAUAUUUUAUCUAAUACGGAAGUAGAUGUAUCUCAAUCAAGCUCUUCAAGUUUGGCAAGCUAUGUUAGCCAAUUCAACGACACAAUUUAA